CAAGGAAGAAAGUGGUGAAUUGAAAGAAAACGAAUAGGACGAAGAGUGGAAAGUGUAAGUGAAUUGAAAUGUUAAGAUAGGAGCAAACCUGAUGAAGGUACAGUUAAAGCGAAGGUCAACUGAAUGGAGUUUUGAAGUUAUGAGGAAGGUUGAAUUUAUACAAGAAUUUGCUGACGUAUCGGAAGAGCGCGCAUAACAACUAGUGUAGCAGGAAACUGUUGACGCACCGCCGUUCAAGAUGAUGUCCAGAAAGUUAGUCGAGCAAUCACGUGACGCUGGAUUCCAAAAAGUACCAGACCACUUCCAGAUUAGCAACUACGGGUAUGGAAAGGACAGCGUUAAAGUACUGCACGUGGUACGCAAUGGGUUGGUUCACAGUAUCAAGGAAUUCGAGGUGGGAACUAAACUGAAGCUGUCCAGCCAGAAGGACUAUCUUCAAGGUGACAAUAGCGACAUUAUAGCUACGGAUUCUCAGAAAAAUACAGUGUACCUAUUGGCUCGUAAGCAUGGACUCAAAACACCGGAGGAGUUUGGCAUUCUGCUGUGCGAUCACUUCUUGAACAAAUACUCACACGUAAAUGAAGUUUCGAUUCAUAUUGAUGAAUAUCCGUGGUCCCGUAUGGGCUUCGGAAAGGGACCUUACCAGGAUUUACACAAUCAUGCGUUCGUAUUUAACCCCACUGCCAUCCGGUACUGCGACGUUACACAAAAGCGAGGAGAUACGACACCCACAGUUAUCAGCGGUCUAACCGACUUACGUGUGCUCAAAACGACCCAAUCGGCCUUCGUUAACUUCGUCAACGACGAGUACCGUUCGUUGCCGGAUCAGCAUGACCGCAUCUUCAGCACCGUGGUUCGUUCUUCCUGGCAGUACUCCACCGUGACGGGAGUGGAUUUCGAUUUCUGCUGGAACAAGGUGAAGCAAUGCAUUCUCAACACUUUCGCGGGCGAAACAGAGAAGGGCAUUUUCUCGCCCAGUGUGCAGAAUACGCUCUACCUGGCGGAGAAACUGGUACUGGAAAGCAUCCCGGAGGUGUCCUCCAUCGAUAUGACUAUGCCCAAUAAGCACUACUUAAACUUCGACUUCAGUAAGUUUCCCAAGCUGGUGCAGGGGGAGGAGCUGAAGGAAGAAAUCGUCUUCUUGCCGGUGGACAAGCCCGCAGGUAUCAUUUAUGCUCAAUUGGACCGCAAGUCGGUUCACAAAAGCAAGCUGUAGGUUUUUUAAGUGCGUACAUAAGAAAACUAAAAAUGGAAUAAAUCUCGAAGUAAUUGUAAUGAAGAAUUUUA